UGUGCGGACUGCGCUGGAGCAGUGUCGGGGCAGCGAAGGACGGGCGCCGGUGAGCUCGCAGUCCAGGUCCUUCAACCAUGUGCACGGUCGCCGUCUCCGUCUUCGGAAUCACUGCCCACACAGCGAACAGCCGGCCUUCGAUGUCUUUGGGCGAGAGCAGUGUUUGAACGCCCUGUCCCCGAAGUAACCUGGUUUUGCGACACUGACGAUCGCAUUCAUUGAUACAUGAAUGAUCUCAUCGUUGACCCAAGCCACACUUUCAAACUCCUCUGUGGAAAGAAGCAUGGCAAGUCUAGAUAUCGCCACAAAUUCCUCCGGGGCUGUUGCUCUUGAAAUAUCCAUCAGCAGGUUAUUCCCUGCUCUUUUAGAGUGCUUUGGCAUUAUACUCUGUGGAUAUGUUGCUGGACGAGUGAACAUCAUUAAUCCUACAGAGACCAAAGGUUUAGGAAAUUUUGUGUCAAUGUUUGCACUUCCUGGCCUCCUUUUUCAGAAUAUGGUGGUUUUGGACUUCGCUCACAUAAACUGGAUUUUUGUGUGCAGUAUUCUUGUGGCUAAGGUUGCAGUCUUCAUAACUGUCUGCAUUCUGACUCUGCUGAUAGCAAGUCCAGAAAGCCGAUUUGGCAAAGCCGGACUCUUCCCCAUCUUUGCUACUCAGAGCAAUGACUUUGCUUUGGGAUAUCCUAUAGUUGAGGCUCUCUACAGAGAUACCUGUCCAGAAUACCUUCAGUAUAUAUACCUGCUCGCUCCCAUCUCACUGUUAUUGUUAAAUCCAAUUGGUUUCAUCUUCUGUGAAAUCCAGAAAUGGAAGGAAGAUUUGAACCUUCAACAAAGCAAACUGAAGACUAUUGCAAUGGUACUGUUUCAGGUUUUAAAAAACCCAAUUGUUUUUAUGGUCAUUGUUGGAAUUUGUGGGAACUUCAUCUUUGAACAAAAGAUUCCAGCAAUUAUUGGAGAAUUUCUGGAUGGUCUGGCCAGCUCCUUCAGUGGUUCAGCGCUCUUUUACCUUGGACUUACAAUGGUCGGGCAGAUUACAAAGCUGAAAAAAACUUCAGUUCUUGCAAUUAUUCUUCUGAUUACAGCCAAAUUAUUGGUGUUUCCUCUCAUUAGCCGUGAGAUGGUGGAAAUGCUGAACAACCGCGACACUGAUGCUAACUACACCAGUCUGUCGAACUUUGCUUUCUUAUAUGGAGUUUUCCCAACGGCACCUAGUGUAGCUAUUUAUGCAAAUCAGUACAAUAUGGAAAUUGAAAUUGUGACUCCAGGGAUGGUGAUAAAUACAUUAGUGUCUGCUCCCAUCAUGUAUGUUUCGGCUUGGCUUUUGACAGUUCCAUCCAUGCAAACAGAAGUUUUGCGGUCUGCAAUUCAGGAUGUCAGCUUUGACCUGAGUAUAGUCACCCUAUUUUUUCUGGUGUGGACUCUAGCUGUUAUGCUGCUAAAUAAGAGAUUUAAGCAGUUGCCUCAUUUAUUCUCUCUUAACUUGUUGAUUGCACAGUGUAUGGUCUGUAUAGGAAUGAUCCUGUGGUAUGUUAUCAUCAAGCAAAAUAGCCUCCUUGGUCAAGUUCUGGGAUUCAUUGUACUGUAUAGUUCGUUGUAUAGUGCAUACAUGUGGACAGGUCUGAUAGCACUGUCAUUACUUCUGUUGGAGCAAAAUGUAUCUAAGCACAGAGGAUUCUUCAUUGUUGCUGGAUGGGGAAUACCAGCAUUCACUGUGGGACUCUUAUUGAUUACUGCUCAUCCAGAUAUGCAAUCACUGGGUGAUUCGGCAUUCUUUUACGGACACUAUCAGGUUAUUAGUACAAUGGUGGUGCUUUUGUGUAGCAUUAUUCUUGCAGGUUCCUCACUGAUGCUACUGAGUCGAAACAGACAGAAGAAUGCUUACCGGAUGCUGCAACGCAGCUCCAUUUCCAGGAGUAUUAGUGAGGAUGGUGUAGCGAAUGAAAUCCAAGUAACAGCUAGCAAUGGAACGUCAAAUAUAGAAUUUGCAUCAGGAGAAGACAUUUGUGAAGAGCAAAUAGAAAAUCAAGGUGAAUUAUGUUAUGCCAACCAGGAGGUUCCGAACGAUAACAGAACCAUAAAUACGACGUUACUGGGUGCAGAACAAAAUAGGGAACCUUGCAACCCUGAAAACACGUUGAUGCAAGAAAGGGAGCGUUUACAGAAUAGAGAUCCACAGUUCGCCAGGCACGUGCUACUGUGUUUGCUUCUCAUUAUAGGCAUGUUUGCUAAUGUUUCUAGUUGUUUGUGGUUGUUAGCUAACCCCGAUCCAGGUCGCCUUUAUGUUGAACUGCAGUUUUUCUGCGUAAUCUUCAAUUUUGGACAGGGUUUUAUUUCAUUUGGCAUAUUUGGAUUAGACAAGCAUUCAGUCAUUCUUCCAUUUAAAAAAAGGCUUGAAAAUCUGUGGUAUGGAAAAGAUUUUGGAGCACAAACUGAUAAUGCAGUAGCUGAGCAAGUAAGGAUGACUUGCCAACAGUUCACUCAGUAUCAUCAUGAUCAGUGUGCCAAAGACAUUGUUGAAAAGAGGAGGUGUGCAGCAGAAACCUCUUCCGGCAUUUUCCAGGGCUGUCAACUGGUGGAGUGGUUGAUUCGAGCUGGCCUCGCCCACGACCGAAGUGAAGCUAGUAAAUAUGCAGGCUGCUUACUUCAGGGUGGCAUAAUUCAGCACUUAACCAAUGAAUCUCCAUUUCAAGAUGAUUCACUGUACUACUGUAUGGUGCAGAGGAAUAUUGCGUGAUCUGGACUUCAUUAGAGCUGCUUUGAAUUUAGAGCUGAAAUGCACAGGAACUUUCUCUUCUUGCUGUAAAAAUGCAUUAAGUUUGUUUAAAAAUCCUAUUAUUAACCAAAGAUUUUGAAAUCUUGUUAUUAAAGAUUGUUAAUUUGCCUAACUGUCUUUUUUUACUAAGAUGUAAAUUGUUAGUGCGUUAGUGUAUAUGGAAGAUGAUUUUAACCCACUUAAAUGUAAGACAAAGAUUGUUCUGUCAGAUCAGGGUAAAAACGUCAUGCAAAUAGAUUUAAGCCAUGGAUUGCACUGAAGUACUGAGUCAUUUUGUACAAGAAGCACAGAAGUUAACAUUUCUGUUUGCAGCAAGCUGUCUUAUCCAAAAUGCUUCCACUGUCCAUGUAUCCAUGAUUUUGACAUUCAAGACUUGAUACUGUGUUAUCUUAACUUUACUAAAAUACAGCUGAUCUGCUGCUGUUCUGAGGGAAGUAUUUGCACUUUAUGUUGAAAGGUGCACUUUUAAAUUUGGUCGCAUGUGAAAACCUGCAUGUAAAGCUGAAUGAUUAUAUUUGUUAAAAGUAUUCUAUUGUUUAAUGCUGCUCAUAGUUCAAGACAGAAUCUAACGCAUUUAUAAAUAGGUUCUCUUAAACCUAUUUCUUUUAACUUCAGUUCUAUCAUAUUGAAGUGAUAUGUUUUUUUGGAAUGUUUUUUAAUGAAAUAAAUAUUUUAAUAAGUUAAAGAGAUUCCCUUGAAUUCUGUGUAAAUGUAGAAAUCUAAUUUCAAUCUUCUUGAUUAUGAAAAAGGAUGUAGCGCUUUCCCA